UUUUUUUUUUUGGCCUUCCUUCUCUCUUCCCUUCUUUGCCUUUUUGUUCACACACUUUCACUUCCAUUUCCCAAUAACAAAGGCUCUAACCUUUUUACUUCCUUCUCUCUCUCCCCCCCCUUUUUCUUCUGCCAAAUUUAGGGUUUUGAAAUGUGGAUUAACAAUGUCUCAAUCUGAAGAAACUCCGAUCUCCGACUCUACUCCCACCGAUUCCGCCCUUCACUUAGGGCUCCACUCGCUCGAUCCGGAUCCUUCUCCGAAUCCUGACCCCUCACCCUCUGAUCUCAAUCACUCGGCUCAGGAAACGGACCACGACCAAAGCAAUCUCGAGCAGCAGCUCCAGAACCUCGAUUUGAAGGAGGAGGAAGGGGAAGAGGAGGAGGGGGAUGAAGAAGCUGAGAAGAAAGAUGACCGCGAGAGAGAGAGCGACAACGAAGCCGACGUGGACGCUGCCGGAGACGACGAGGAUGAGGUGGAGGAGAAAAACGAGUACGAGGAUGAUGAUGAAAAUGUGACGAAUGAAGGAAGGAGGUCGCAUUAUCCGGUAAGACCGGAAGCAGAGGAUUGCGCUUAUUAUAUGAAAACUGGACUUUGCAAAUUUGGAUCUAAUUGCAAGUUUAAUCACCCUGUUCGAAGGAAGAACCAGGCUGUGAAGGAAAAGGUCAAGGAAAAGGAUGAAUCAACAGAGAAACCAAGCCAGACAGAAUGCAAGUAUUACCUAAGAACUGGUGGAUGUAAGUUUGGGAAGGCUUGUAGAUACAACCACUCAAGAGCAAAAACUGCAGUGGCUCCAAUUUUAGAGCUUAACUUUCUGGGGCUGCCUAUCCGACCGGGAGAGAAAGAGUGCCCCUAUUACAUGCGUAAUGGGUCCUGCAAGUAUGGGGCUAACUGCAGAUUUAAUCAUCCUGAUCCUACAACUGCUGGAGCUUGUGACCCACCUUCGGGAUACGGUAAUGGUGGACCUGUUUCAUCACAAGCUGCAUCACAAGUGAAUAUAGCGUCCUGGUCAUCACCAAGGACAUUGAAUGAGACUCCCUAUAUGCCAAUGAUGUUUUCACCAACACAAGGUGUUCCGCCUCCAAAUCCAGAAUGGAAUGGGUAUCAGACGACUGUAUAUGCCCCUGAAAGGAAUUUGCAUCCAACUCCAGCAUAUGUCAUGAACAACCCAUCAACCGAAACCGCUGUCUAUACUCAUCAUCAGCCACAAAUGCUAGUUGAUGAAUUCCCAGUUCGGCCUGGCCAGCCCGAGUGCAGUUACUUCAUGAAAACUGGGGACUGUAAGUUUAAAUCUAAUUGCAAAUAUCAUCAUCCAAAAAAUCGAGUUGCAAAGCCAUCCCCAUGCACUCUCAGUGACAAGGGUUUACCACUGAGACCUACCUCUGUUUUCGAAAUCCAGGAUCAAAGCAUCUGCUCACAUUACAGCCGCUACGGCAUUUGCAAGUUUGGGCCAGCCUGUAAAUUUGACCAUUCAGUACAGGCAGCUCCUUCAGUGGUGUCUGGACUAGAUCAGCCUCUACCAUUCAGCAAUUCUGCAGCUACAGAAGAAAGUGGAAUUGCUGGAAGUAAUGGUACUGAUACUGCAGUUCAGCAGUCUGUGUAAAAAGAUUUUCAUCAAAGGCUCCCUAGCUCUUAGAUCUGACAUUAGCAAGGAUUCUAAGUUUUCCUUUUUAAACUGGAAGAGUCUAUUUAACUUUUUUUUUUUUUGACCUUUUUCCAUUGCCACAAGCUUUUUAGGGGAUGGCAUUAUAUAUAUAGAUAUUACAUACUUAUCAUGUGUUGUGUUGCUAGUGCUACAAAGCUCAAGUCGAAAUCAGGAUAUGUAAAUUAUCUCAGUUUCAUGUCAUGUCAUGUAGUAAUGCCAGUGAAAAUUGGGAUUAUCUUUUUCA